CUGAAUAUUAAUGAGCAACAUGGCCGCAAUUUUGGCUGGAAAAUAUAUUUCCCGAUUUUGUAAGCAUUUUUGAAGACUUUCUAAACUUGUUUUUCACCUGUAAACUUUGCUAAAAUGUUGACCUACAUGCGAAAUGUUUUAUUUUGUAGUUUCAGCUACGUUAACGUCAGCUUCGCAUGUUAAAUUCAAUUUUAUUUCAAUUUCUGCUGCAAUGGCAGGUGGUCAAAAAUGGCGGAUCAGGUGAGUGCACUCAAUACAUAACUGGAGUGAGAAACAGAAAGCACAGGAAAAAACACUUGCAGUCACAGGAGACCGACUUCGUGCCGGCACCUUUGAUGGUAGUGUAUAAGCCGCUGAACUGGUACAACCAGCCACCAUUUCGCCACAGAAAUUAUAGAGACCGUACAGAAAGCUUUGAUUUUGUAACCAUUGCAAUGCUGUCACCAUGUUCCUAGCCAGUGUUCUUAUGAGAGGCAUUCACCCCCCCCCCCUGAAAAUGUUCAAAAUCACAGAUGUUCAGGGGGGUGAAUGCCUGUCAUAAGCACACUGGGUAGGAACAUGACAAGUGCAUUUUGAUGGCAAAUCUGUUGCAUAAAAUCAUGUGGCAUUGGACAGAGUAAGAUAAAGUAGGGCGCAUAUUUGAAACUCAACGUUUAACGAGACACAAAGGCAGAUAGUCUGAUUAAUUAAUUAACCCAUUGAGUACCAGCGCUCUCCCCUUGACGAUCCCCUAACAAAAAAAGUCUAUAGGCCUGGCCUAUAGGCCAACCUAUAGGUUUCUAUAGGAAACCUAUAGGUUUUUAUAGGCAAUUAAUUGGAACAUUUUCUAUAGGUGACCUAUAGGGAUGCCUAUAAGCCUAUAGAUAUCUAUAGGUGCCUAAAGGCUUCUAUAGGGAAUUGGAACAUUUCCUAUAGGAACCUAUAGGCCACCUAUAGACUUUUUUUGUCAGGGUCGAGUAAAAUUGUCUAGCGUUAGACAGAGUUAAAUAAUAAAGCAGGGUACAUUAUGGGUUAAAGUAAUGUUAUUGAAAGAAAUAUCAGUAUAAAUUACCUCUUUCUUAAGCAAUGGUUUAGCCGGUGAUGGUUUGGCAUAUGGACCACUUACAGACUUGCCUGACUGGACAUUUGUUGGUAAAUGAAACAUUUAAUCAUUCACCUUUACAACAAUAUUGUUAAAAAUUAUCCUGUACAUUUGGAACAUCUCAAUCUCAUUGAUUCACAGAUGGCGAGUCAGCUCCCGAAAGCAAGAGGCGGAGGAAAAGACAAAAUAAAAGAUUAAAAGAAUCAGUGAGUUGUGCAUUGUAUGGAGUACAAGUAUAAAAUCAGUCAAAAAGAUCAAAAUCACUUUGCACAACUCAGUCCAUUUCUUUCAAAUUCUCUUUUCAGCAACGUAUCAUGCAGUAUUUGAAACAAGUUGACAAAAAUGAACGUUCUGACUCCCAAGACAAGAUGUGAGAAAACUAGCAGACCAAUAUACCCUGGACUGAUCUCUUAUCGAGUAAUUACGUCUACAUGAUCAAAUAAGACAAAUGUCAAAUUGGCAUCCUUAAAGUGGCUCCCUACAGUUGUUUAUGCAUGGGACUGCAUGGUAACAAAGUGAUGUGAUCUUGUCGAAUUGAAAUUUUAUCACGUCAGCAAACAUUCUCGUACCCAGAGCCCUUCUUAUGCGUGGUCAACAGAGCGCGACGAGGGGCUCUGGGUACGAGAAUGGUCAGCAAAAAAUUAAUUUGCAAUAACUAUUUUUCCUUCGGUCAAUUUUUCUGAAAUUUUGUAUUUAAUUUUAAAUGUACUAGUCAUUUAUUGCAAUGUACACAAUUUUUAAAAAAUUCUAUAAAACAGUAAAUAUUUUGCAUCAUUGUGAAGACCUUGUUUUUCGCUGCUGUUAACAUUCUUUACAACUGUAGGGAGACACCUUAAAAGAUAUCAUUAAGUACAUUACAAUUUUUGCUGCAAUAUAUUACUACUGCCAGGACAAUACUGUACGAAUUAGGUACAAAUGAAGAAAAUUCCAUUGAAGUUGUACAAAAAGUAUAAUAUAAUUCAAUUGAAAACAUUUGCUUAUAUAGGCUAUAUGAGAAAUGAAAUUUAUGUGUAUGUAGUAAUUGCAAAAAUUAUACUUAUAUGCAAUAAAAUUAUGGUUGUCAUCAAUCACAAUUUGUGUUUUAUUUUUACAUUAAAUUUUUCCAAUUUCAUGGAGCAGUGUGUAUGUGGUUUACGAUUCAACUAGAUUAUGUACUAAAUACAUGUAUUUUGUGCAAACAAUUUACCAGGCCAGCCAAUAAUAUCUUUUGCUUCUGACAGUUCAUCAACUUCUCAAUUUUGCUAAUCU